AUGCCGCCCCUGUCCACCACACCCACGGAGGGGAGAAUUCGAUCCAAUCGUUUUGCACGAAACCUCUUCGCUGAUUACAUUGCCGGCCUUCGCCCGCUGGAGACGACCCCCGACUGGCCAGGGAUAGAGGCCUGGAUUGGAUCUGCGGCCUUUUCCGUGACGGCGCCGCCACCGGCUGACCGGUGCUCGCGACCCCACGCCCGGGGCUCGACCCCGGCCAGCAACUCCGGCAGUGACGAUGAUUUCGACCCGCUGGACCUGUUUGCGGCGCUCUCGGCCCCGGCCCCGAGCCGGCGCCGCGGGACCCUCCUUGAAGAGCCUUGGGAUCCUGCCGACGAGGCGGGCCCCCUGCCGGCGGAUCUGGCGGCCAUGGGGGACCUGUUUGCCGGAGUGCCAAAGCUAACGGCAUGUGGCUCGCGUCCGGCCAUUGCCACUGUGGCUGCUGGUCUGGUGCGACUCGGGGAUCUGCUUCGGUGUCGCUUUGCCAACUUUCCGACUGCGCGCGGUUGGCUCGGCGCGCUGCUCUUUGGUCAGGGCGGCUCUCUGGCGGGCUGUCUCUGGGAUCUGGCCUUUUCUUACUCGGAUGAGCUCGACCUGGCGAUGAUUUACAUCUCGCAGGCCGGCUCCUGGGCCAUCCACGGCGGCGGCGAUGGCACUGCCUCCAUCGAGGUUCUGCAUGAUGUUGGUGCCCACACCUUCAAGAUUGUGGCCAAGAGCACCUCCACCCGCCAGAACAUCAUCGAUGCCCCGAUCACCAGCUCCUUCAACCUGGAGCGUGUCAGCGAUGGCUGGGCCCAGUUUAACACCCCGACCGGCGCCGGCUAUGGCCUGAGCUUCCGCAACAAGCAGGAGGGCGACGUCGUGGCCAAUGCCAUCUCCCGCGCUCUCCAGAUGCUGAGUUCCGGCGGUGGCGGCGGUGGCGGUGGCCGCCUCAUGAGUGACCCCAACAUGUCGAGCAUGCUGCAGGGUGUCAAGCUUCGCUCGGCCCCCAAGCCCCCUGAGCGCGACGCCCUCGGCCGGCCGGUCGGUGGCGAUAACGCCCCCCCGCCCUCGAGCGGUGGUGGUGGCGGCGGCGGCGGCGGCGGCGGCUUCGGUGGCAGCAGCGGCGGCGGCGGCGGUGGCGGCGGCGGCGGCGGCUUCGGCGGCGGCGGCGGCGGCGGCGGUGACAUGAUGAGCGAGAUGGCUGCCCGCCUCGCGCGGCGCCGCGAGGGUGCCGAUAGCGCCCCGUCCGGCCCGCGCGGUGGCCCCGGCGGCCCCGGCGGUGGCACUGUUAUUCGCCCCCCGGGCGCUGCGCCCUCUCCGGCGGCUCCCCCGGCCGCGGCCCCCCGCUUCGGUGGCCCCUCUGCCGGCGGCCCGACCCCCCCUAGCCGCCCGGGCUUCGGCGGUGGCGCCAGCGCCGCUUCCUCCUCCUCUUCCUCCUCCUCGAGCAGCGGUGGUUCUUCGUCCAUCACCAAUGCCGAGCUUCAGGCCCUCCGCGAGGAGCUCAUCACCCAGUUCCGCAACGAGCUCCAGGCUGUCAAGGCUGAGAUCAUCGCCGCCAUCCGCAACAACCGCUAG